UAAACUAAAUAAUAGGAAUAAUGAAUAUCUUACAAAUAAAAUUAAAAAAAAAAAAAAAAAAAAAACUAUUUUGUGGUGGCUGAGUCUUUUGGUUUGUACCUGAGUAACAACUUGGUUUCAGUUUGAUCUGUUAACACACAAGAAGAAGAAGGAAGCACGUUUGAUGACGGAAAUCGUUACAUCCUCCGUCAUAACGUCGUCUCUGAUCUUCCGUCACAAACCCUAACCCCUCUUUAAUGCCCACUCAAGACUCUCCCUCCCACGCGCCCACGCGCCACCACUUCCCUUACUCCUCCUCCACUCCCUACUACUACCGGAAGGACCGAGAGGAAUGGAACGACACGGCGAUCGCGUGUCUGUUGGAGGCGUACACGGAGAAGUUGAACGAGCUGAAGCGCGGCAACCUCCGCGGGCGCGACUGGGAGGAGGUGGCUUGGGCGGUGGCGGAGCGGUGCGGCGGUGGCGGAGAGGGGAAGCAUGAGAAGAGCGUGGAACAGUGUAAGAAUAAGAUUGAUAAUCUGAAGAAGAGGUAUAAGGUGGAGCUUCAGAGAAUUGGGAGUGGUGGCAUUGCCACUAGUCACUGGCAUUGGUUUAAGAAGAUUGAAACUAUUGUUGGCGACUCUCUCUCUGUUAAAACUGUUUCUGAUGAUGACAAGGCUGGUGCUAGUGGUGGUGGUGGUGGUGGUGCCAAUUCCUCUUUUAUGGCUAGACAAACCAAGAACGGCAGAUAUGCACCUAGCAAUGCUGUCAUGGCAAACCACCUAAAGACGAAACCAGCAUCGAAUGUAAAAUGGCGCAGAGUUUUGUUUAAAAUUAGUGGCUCUGCAUUGGCUGGAAACUUCCGGAACAUUGACCCCAAGGUGGCAAUGCAGAUUGCUGGGGAAGUGGCAACAGCUUGCCGCCUUGGUGUGGAGGUGGCCAUUGUUGUUGGUGGUCGUAACUUCUUUUGUGGAGAUACAUGGGUGUCUGCUACUGGGCUGGAUAGACCUACAGCAUACCAAAUAGGUAUGAUGGCAACAGUUAUGAAUUCUAUUUUGCUUCAAUCUGCUUUGGAGAAGUUGGGUAUUCAAGCACGUGUUCAGAGUGCAUUCUCAAUGCCAGAGGUUGCUGAACCAUAUAGCAGGCAACGAGCUGUUAGACAUCUUGAGAAGGGAAGGGUUGUCAUAUUUGGUGGCAUUGGUGCUGGCACCGGAAAUCCACUUUUUACGACAGAUACAGCUGCAGCUCUCAGAGCUUCUGAACUUAAUGCUGAUGCGGUUCUGAAAGGUACUAAUGUGAAUGGUGUUUUUGACUGCCAUCCCGAUAAUGAUAAUGUAACACUUGAUCACAUUUCCUUUAGGGAAGUUGUUUCUAAGUCCAUGGAUAUGAUGGCACUGACAUAUUGUGAAGAGAAUGGCAUACCUGUUGUAGUCUUCAACAUGCUUGAACCCGGCAAUGUUUCAAGAGCAUUAUGUGGAGAUCAAGUUGGCACUUUGAUCGGUCAAACUGAUGGCUAAUCGUGUACGAUUGCUUGUAUUUAGUUACUGGAAUAAUCAUUUUGUCAUUUAAACAUAUGAAAACCGAUUAAAUUAUAGAACCUACCGCUUCUCCAAGCCUUUCUUGUUCGUUUAAACACGAGCUAAUAAUGCGGCUUAGAACAUCCACCUUCUGGUGUACUCAUUCAACCCAUUUCAUCAGUCAAGUCUAGGAUGACAAUGGGUGUAAUCAGAAUACUACUAGGACACUUUACUUUCAUUUAAAAGCAAUGUAUAUAUUUAAAGAAUAAUAUAAUUUUUUAUAAAUGAUUUAAUAUCU